AUGGCUAAGGUGGCAUCUCUGAACCAGAGUUUAGAACUAAGUGGGAGGACGGAAGCAACGUCCCAGAGUUCUGGUAACAGUUCACUCAGUGAGCCAGAUUCUGGGGGAGAAGUGGUCCCUAACAAUGAAGGCAGCAAACCGCUUAGCAAAUCGGGAAACGGGGACGAUGCAAUGCCCAAUCGCGAUGACAACACUAUACAAGAUGGGCAAACCUUUACUCAGGCAAGAUGUUGGAACCUGAUUUUAAAUCCCUCAAUAUUAGUAUUUACAAACUUCCCAAAAUCAAAGGGUUUCCUUACAGGGAAAGAACGAAGAAUGAGCUCCUUGAACGUUCUGAAUGAUAUAUUGCCAGGAGCAGUAAAGCCAUAUGACAUUAUUUCUGUAGAUUAUUUGCAUCAUGAUGGUUGUUCAAUGAGAGCAAUGAUCACAUUUAGAGACCAGAACCUGGCCAAGUUUAUCUACAGAUCAAGAUAUAUAUUCUUAAAGGCCCAGAUAAAAAUUCUCAGAUUUUUUGAAAACAAGGCACCACCGAAUCCCCUUCUGGAAGCCAAGCACGCAAACCCUAGUAAGGAGAAACAACCUCCCAAAACCCGGCCUGGUCUCCAGAAACGAGAGCUUCAAAAAUUAAAAAGGAAAGAUGCCCACCUGCAAGACCUGCAACUUCAAGAGAAUGAAGAUGAGGAUCUUUUUUCCGCGGAAGAAAAUACCUUAAUUAGGCAAUUUUGCCAUUUUCCAUCUCCAAUACAAGCUGAAAUAUUAGAAAGAUUGGAUAUGCUAAGAACUAAGCUGGCUGGGAGAGAUAUAAACAAGGAAAUCAAUAUGGACGCCCAUAAAAAGGACCAGACUUCCUAUAAUUUGAACCCUACACAAGAACAAAACCCAGCGGCCUGUCGGCCAUGUUACCUUCAGACAAUGGCUGAGAUUAAUUUACCCCCAAUUAAGGAAGCCCAGCACACUGAAGAGAACACUACACCACCUCCAAUAAGGAGAACCAUCCCGAAGGUGAACUCACCAGGCUCUUGGGACAAGCUGAGGUAUCUAGAUGAGGCGGAAUUAGGCCACAAUCAGGUUCCGGAAAAAUACCUACGGAAAGAGAUAACACACUUCAAAGGCCCGGUGACCACUAAUGUCAGUAUUCAACAGUCAACAGCCGAAACUAUAGAACAUUUGGCUAGUUUGCCAUGUAUGGAGAGCAAUGGGCCGGCUCAUAAAAGUAAUCCCUAAAAGCACCUUGGGAAAUAAUUGACAAAGAUCAGACCAGAGACAAACACCAGCCGGCUCCCUAUCUCCGCGGAAAUCCGACAUCACUAGAUAUGAACAGACUCAACCCUCACUCACAAAUCAAGCAAAAGCAGUUGUUUCCUUGAAAGACGCACCCAACCCACCCCAGAGCCUUAAAAUUGUCUCCUGGAAUGUUAACGGCUGGGCGACAAAGCAAAUGGAUCCUGAAGCAAUGAAUUUCAUCUCUUCUUUCGACAUUGUAUGCCUCCAAGAGACCUGGUCCCAACAAAGUAUUGUUCUCCCAAAUUAUUGCUCCUUUAGCUCCUGUGCUCGUAAACUAACCAACAGGGGUCGCCCCCAAGUUGGCCUCGCCUGUCUUAUUUCAACCAGCUUAUCCCUCACUAUUUGCGAGGAAAUUAAAUCUUCCCCUUACUUUCUCACCAUAAAGAUUCAUCUCCCAAAGACCAAAAGCCCAUGGUUGAUAACUACAGUAUAUCUGCCCCCAGCAAUUAAUGAUUUCGACCGCAAUGAAAGGUGGUCUGAACUUUCGUCUUGGCUCCAUGAUCUUCAAACAACUAACCCAGGACUCCCUCAAAUCCUCUUAGGCGACUUUAAUGCAAGAAUAGGUCCCAACGACGAUGAUAUAAUAUCUCCCGCAGCACUCCUGGACAAUCCCCUGCAGCCCCCCUGGGGAAACAGAUGCUCUCUUGAUCCUAUAACAAAUGCGUCGGGAGGCUGAUGGCCCAACUGGCCAUGGAAAACGAUCUCUGCAUCGCAAAUGGUAACAUUACUCCCUUGUCCUCGCAGCAAUUAACGUGCAUCACUUCCCGGGAACCAGUGUUGUCGACUACAUUUUAUUGACGCCGGAGCUAUUCUCAAUUUCUACAAAAAUGGAAGUGGCUGAAUAUUUUGGUGGUGACCACCUUCCAUUGACUCUAAUGUUAAACCUAAUAGAGCCACUUCCAGUCCCCUCAAACUAUAGAACCAUGGUACAAAGCCACCCUGUAUACAAAACAAAGAAAUGGACAAGCCUCAGCUCCUCUCUUGCCCUGGACAUACAAAAAUCAUUUGAUAUGUCUGCAGUUCCCUCUGAUCCAAUCCUGCCCGCUGACCAAUACCGGAAAUUACUUGAUGCUUUCUCAACAACUUACAUAACCACCACCUCGCCUACUUACCAACGCCUCUUCUCUGAAUCGCCCUGGUUUGACAAGGAAUGUAAAGCCCUAAGAAGGCGAAUUAGGAAAAUGGUCAGAAUCAUCAAAUCUUCCAACGACCCCCAAACCCGUGCAAAGCUCAUAGAUAUUAAAAGGACAUAUAGAAACAUGAUUCAUUGCAAGAAACAGCAGCACAUCCUUGAGGCUUGGUCCACUCUUCGUUCGGCUGUAGAGAGGCAUGACUCCCGCUCCUUCUGGCGCCUAGUUAGACCUUCGGCACCAUUCAAUCCAGCUACCCAGAUUUCCGCUGAUGAAUGGAUUGCCUAUUAUUCAACUAGUUUCGCUUCUCCAAACCAUCUUACAGAUCUCCUUCAAUCCCCGUCGGACCUCAGUUCCUGCUCUCUUAGUCCCACUUCUUCAAUAAACUUUACCUCAACUCGCAUUUUCAACAUCAUAAUGUCAAUGCAAAGGAAUAAGGCCCCGGCCCAGACAUGGUCCCGUUGGACCUUUUCCUGACUGAUCCUCUUUGGUGGAGCGAACACCUGACUCCUGUAUUCACCGCUAUCUCCUCCGCCCUAGACAUCCCUGACUCCUGGAGAGAAGCUAUAAUAGUUCCGAUCUUCAAAGGCGGCCAGCCAAACAUCCCUAGGAACUAUCGCCCCAUCAGCUUAUUAUCCAUCCCGGGGAAAAUAUUUGCCGCUGUUUUACUGGAGGAACUUCUCUCAUGGGUCCAGGAGAGGAACAUUCUACCGCUAGAACAGAUUGGUUUCCGAAAGUCAGCGUCAACCAUGGACCAUUGUCUAACUCUCUAUCACCUUGCCAGUAAAUACACUGCUCCAAGGCAAGGCCACCUAUUUGCCGCUUUCAUGGACCUGGAGGCCGCCUUUGAUUCCAUUCCUAGGCAGAGAUUAUGGUCCAAACUUGCCCAUCUGGGAAUUGAUCCGCACCUCCUCUCCCUAAUUAUCUCCCUUUAUUCAAACACCACAGCUCGCGUCCGAACUGGUCCUAACGGCUCCCCACUACUCCAUUUCCAACGGCCAAGGGCGUCCGACAAGGUUGUCUCUUGGCCCCUUUACUGUUUAAUCUCUAUCUUCAUGAUGCAAUUUCCACUUUGAAGCUAGCAUCUAAGUAUCCUCCUCACUUAGCAGGCCACCCCGUUGCUUCCCUUUUCUAUGCUGAUGAUGCCGUCAUCUUAUCCAGAACAGUUGCGGACCUAGCAAAUGCAGUUAAUGCAUUUAUCGCCUAUUGUAAGGCGGAAGCUCUUAAUAUUAAUUAUAAAAAAUCGAAAGUCCUCCACUUCACUCGUUCCCGCAAACUCAAGUUGGAGCCGCUUAAGAUCACAGGUGGCUACUUAGAAAAGGUAAAAGCCUUUAAAUAUCUAGGAUUAAUAUUCACCUAUAAUCUCUCCUGGACCACCCAUCUACAAUCUGCCUUUCUCGCUGCAACCACGACCUCUAACGCCAUUGUCCGAUUUUACCACCAGAAGGGCGGCAAACACCUUCCAGCAGCAAUUCAAAUAUUUAAUGCCAAAGUCGUCCCUAAAUUAUUAUAUGGAUGCGAAGUAUGGACUACAGCAAUAUCAGGUAACCUGGAUCGCCCACUUCAUAUGUUUCUGAGAUCUCUUUCCGGCGUCCCGAGAUGUGUCUCAGGUGCAGCCCUACGACUCGAGUUCGCCCAGCCUUCAAUUGUUAGACGAGCAUGGAGUCGAGCCAUUUCCUACACCUUCCACCUAUUAGCAUCGGAUGCUCGAAUUAGAGGUGGCUUUUCCAAUCUGAUCCUAAGAGAUAUUCAUAAUUCCCCUUGGAAAACUACAAUUAACCUCAAAUUCCGCUCUCUUCUCAAUUUGAAUUGUAAAACUGUUCUUAACUUAGAGUGUAUCAGCCCGGUGGCCCUACCCCUAAUUAAAAGAAACUACAGCAACUUGACUUCUCCAACACAGCUUCUUGUGCAAGAGGACCGUGUUCAGGCCUAG